UCAGACGGCUCCGGACUGGACCGCGAGCACAGGCAGAUCCGCGGGCGCCUUGAAUCCCAGCGGGACCCCCGCCCAGCUCGUCCGCACGGUCCAGCCGCCUGCGCGCGCCAUCGGUAGCUCUCCCCCUGUGCAUCUCCACCAGCGAGCUCAGCAGGCAGUGUGCAGCCACCAUGUUCAGCUGGCUGAAGCGGGGCGGGGCUCGGGGCCAGCAGCCCGAGGCCAUCCGCACGGUGACCUCAGCCCUCAAGGAGCUGUACCGUGAAAAGCUGCUGCCUAUCGAGGAGCACUACCGCUUCGGGGCCUUCCAUUCACCAGCCCUGGAGGAUGCUGACUUUGACGGCAAGCCCAUGGUGCUGGUGGCCGGCCAGUACAGCACGGGCAAGACCAGCUUCAUCCAGUACCUGCUGGAGCAGGAGGUGCCCGGCUCCCGGGUGGGGCCCGAGCCCACCACCGACUGCUUCGUGGCCGUCAUGCAUGGUGACACCGAGGGCACCGUGCCUGGCAACGCCCUCGUCGUUGACCCAGACAAGCCCUUCCGCAAACUCAACCCCUUUGGGAACACCUUCCUUAACAGGUUCAUGUGCGCCCAGCUCCCCAAUCAGGUCCUGGAGAGCAUUAGUAUCAUCGACACCCCAGGCAUCCUGUCGGGGGCCAAACAGAGAGUGAGCCGCGGCUACGACUUCCCGGCAGUGCUGCGCUGGUUCGCCGAGCGCGUGGACCUCAUCAUCCUACUCUUCGAUGCUCACAAGCUGGAGAUCUCAGACGAGUUCUCGGAGGCCAUCGGCGCCCUGCGAGGCCACGAGGACAAGAUCCGCGUGGUGCUCAACAAGGCCGACAUGGUGGAGACGCAGCAGCUGAUGCGCGUCUACGGGGCGCUCAUGUGGGCGCUGGGCAAGGUGGUGGGCACGCCCGAGGUGCUGCGCGUCUACAUCGGUUCCUUCUGGUCCCAGCCCCUCCUGGUACCCGACAACCGGCGCCUCUUCGAGCUGGAGGAGCAGGACCUCUUCCGCGACAUCCAGGGCCUGCCGCGCCAUGCCGCACUGCGCAAGCUCAAUGAUCUGGUGAAGAGGGCCCGGCUGGUGCGGGUUCACACCUACAUCAUCAGCUACCUGAAGAAGGAGAUGCCCUCCGUGUUUGGGAAGGAGAACAAGAAGAAGCAGCUGAUCCUCAAGUUACCCGUCAUCUUUGCCAAGAUUCAGCUGGAGCAUCACAUAUCUCCCGGCGACUUCCCGGACUGCCAGAAGAUGCAGGAGCUGCUGAUGGCUCACGACUUCACCAAGUUCCACUCGUUGAAGCCGAAGCUGCUGGAGGCGCUGGAUGAGAUGCUGACGCACAACAUCGCCAAGCUCAUGCCCCUGCUCCGUCAGGAGGAGCUGGAAAGCACGGAUGUGGGCGUGCAGGGGGGCGCUUUCGAGGGCACCCACAUGGGCCCCUUCAUAGAGCGGGGGCCUGACGAGGCCCUGGAGGAUGGCGAGGAGGGCUCGGACGAUGACACUGAGUGGGUGGUGACCAAGGACAAAUCCAAAUACGAUGAGGUCUUCUAUAACCUGGCGCCGUCCGACGGCAAGCUGAGCGGCACCAAGGCCAAGACCUGGAUGGUGGGUACCAAGCUCCCCAACUCUGUGCUGGGCCGCAUCUGGAAGCUGAGCGAUGUUGACCGAGAUGGCAUGCUGGACGACGAGGAGUUUGCCCUGGCCAGCCACCUCAUCGAGGCUAAGCUCGAGGGCCACGGGCUGCCCACCAACCUGCCCCGCCGCCUGGUGCCACCUUCCAAGCGGCGCCACAAGGGCUCCGCUGAGUGA